CUUCCACUAUUGAAACCUCCUGCUUUAACUAUAUAUGUUAGAGAUAAAGUAACAGAAAAAGCAAAGAGAGAAAGCAAAGCGAAAGAGAGAUAUCCAUAACAUUUCGUAAUAUAAAGCCAACCCAAACCACAUCCAUUUUCAGUUCCAACCAAAAGAAAAGUUGUAGAUAGAGCUGAAAAAAUCAUCUGAAAUGGGAAACACAAUCGGAGGUGGAAGAAAGAUUGCCAAAGUCAUGAAAGUUAAUGGCGAAACACUGAAGGUUCAUACUCCAGUGAUGGUACGAGACGUAGUUAAAGACUAUCCAGGCCAUGUCUUAAUAGAAUCAGGAGCUGUGAAACAUUAUGGCUUACGAGCAAAACCAUUAGAAGAAUACCAACAACUGAAGCCGAAAAAAAUCUAUUUCUUAUUAGAGAUGCCGAAGAUUAAAGAAGAAGAUAAGCUACCAAGACGUGUACGUUCCGGGUUACAAAUGACGGCGAAAGAUAGAUUAGAGAGUUUAAAGUUAUCAAAAAGGUCUGUAUCUGAUUUAUCAUCCAUCUUAAACUCGAAAGCGUCAGUUAUUGAUCAUGAUGUUGAUGAUACGUCGUCUGAAGUCGGAGGGUCGUCCGGACCGAUGAGGAUUCGGGUUAGAUUGCCUAGAUCGCAAGUGGAGAAAUUAGUUCGAGAAAGUAAAGAUGGGUUGGAAGCUGCUGAGAAGAUCAUGGGGCUUUGUAUUGCAGACAACGUUAAUAAGAACGCGGCUGAUGCUUAUUACAACGGUAACAGUAACUAUGAAGAGAGGAAUGACAGCCAACUAUAUGGCAGGAGUGGUGAACUGAGGUAUGACGGCCGACCAAUUAGCAAGAGUGGUGAAUUAACGUACAGCAGCCAACUAUAUAGCAAUAGCGGUGAGUUGAGGUAUGACGGCCAACCAAUUAGCAAGAGUGGUGAAUUGUUCUCGCACCAGCAACCAUGGAAACCUUGUCUUCGGGGCAUUGAAGAAAAAACUAAGAGUAGAAGAAAAGUGGGUUUCUUGACAACAACUAAAGUUGAGGAAUAUGUUCAGUAACCUGAAAAAGAACCUUCUUUACUAUGCCAAGGUAGAAGAAAUCAAGCAUUUCUCUCCUCAGUUAGCAGGACAACAAUUUGCAGACAAGACAGUUGAAUGUACUAUGUAAAAAGAAACAGUAGUUUCAUCUUGUGUUAGGUAGUAGUUUUAGUUUUUUUCGUUUAAUUUAAGUUAUAUGUAAUCUUAACAGAGAUUUCAACCUACAACCUCGUCAUAAAUUUACAGGAACAUUAAACAUGACUGGUGUUGGUGUUGGUUAUAUCUUGACGUUGUCAUUGUUUGUUAGCUUGUGAUUUUACUUUUUUGGUGUACCUUAUUUUAUCUAAAUUCCCUUUUGCAUUCACACAAA